UUCUGCAGCACGGUGUCCCCGUCACUGCACUGGGGCAUCGGGAGUGAUGUUAAGGCCAGAGGGAAGAGUGCCACCUAUUGGCCACCACCCGACACCACUUACAGCACCUGGUAUUCCCAGGCGGUCUCCCAUCCAGGUUCUAACCAGGCCCGACCAUGCUAAGCUUCCAUGCUUAGAGAUCAGGCGUGUCCAUGGUGUUAAGCCCCCAUAUUUAAUGAUGUGAUAUUAAGUAUGAUAUAAUAUGAACACAAUACAACCAAACGCAAUGCAAUAUCACCGUCACACCCUGUAUGGUAAGCCCUUUUAAUUCAGCCCUUUUAUUUCAGUCGCCUCCUAUAUCCAACGGUGGCAUCGGUUGUUUUCCCGCCUAAUGACUCUGGCAUUGUCCCAAUCCAUGAUAUGGUUCUCUCUUUUGCAAGGGUCCGUUAUGGCUGAUUGGAGGGUUAGGGUUAGGGUUACCACUCAGUGGUCCGUUAUGGCUGAUUGGAGGGUUAGGGUUAGGGUAAGGGUUACCACUCAGUGGUCCGUUAUGGCUGAUUGGAGGGUUAGGGUUAGGGUUACCACUCAAGGGUCUGUUAUGGCAGAUUUUAGGGUUAGGGUUACCACUCAGUGGUCCGUUAUGGCAGAUUGGAGGGUUAGGGUUAGGGUAAGGGUUACCACUCAGUGGUCCGUUAUGGCUGAUUGGAGGGUUAGGGUUAGGGUUACCACUCAAGGGUCUGUUAUGGCAGAUUUUAGGGUUAGGGUAAGGGUUACCACUCAGUGGUCCGUUAUGGCAGAUUGGAGGGUUAGGGUAAGGGUUACCACUCAGUGGUCCGUUAUGGCAGAUUUGAGGUUUCCUUGCUCGGCCUUGUCCUUUAUUACUCUUGUUUGUCUCUGAGCUGUCUCCUUUUCACAUUCCUUUUUAUGUUCUUAUUUUCGUGUGGUAAAACCCCCUCCCGUCUCCCCGAUGUAGGCUUUAUUGCAUAAUUGACAUGGUAUUUCAUAUAUAUUUGCAUUUAUUGUAUUGAUCAAUUUUGUCCUUUGGGUGAACUAGCAGCUGUGGUAGUUUUGUGCGUGGUUUUACCGGUGUGUUGAUUUGGUGCUUCUUCUUGACCCUCUGGACGCGCUCAGUGACCCCUCUGAUGUACGGCAGUGUCACUGCUCCUCUCCUCUCCCUUUGUAGUUCCUUAUGUUUUUUACAUUUCGUUCCUUUCUGUAUUGCCUAUUGUGGAUACUGACAUGUUUUCAGUGCAUUCUGUAUGUGUUGUUCCUCCAGUGCUCUGUCCUUGGGAUCCGUUGUUAAAGCUGCCCGUUCAUGUAGUGCUCUAACCACUGAGAGUUUAUGAGCUAUUGGGUGUUCUGAUGUCCAAAGUAGGUAUUGGUCUGUGUGCAUCGAUUUCCUAUAGAUUUUUAUUUUGAUGUCUCCUUCAAUCGUGUGGUGGAUUUUUAAGUCCAAAAAAGCUAUGGAUCUGUCAUUUUCUUCUUCAUGUGUGAACUUUAUGUUGCCAGUGUGGUCAAUGGAAUUGAGGUGAUCUGUGAUUUCUUGUAUAUGUCCUCUCUUUAUGUUUUCCAGGAUGUCGUCCACGUACCUCUUCCAUAGUGUGAGCCGGUACGCCUCCGGUGCUGAUGUUAUUGCUUCCUUCUCCAGGUUUUCCAUAUGAGGCCACACAUUAUGGCUGAUAGUGGAUCCCCCAUGGCGAAACCCUCUUUCUGCCUGUAUAUUUUUGUGCGGAACUGAAAAUAAGUUGAGGUGGCGAUGAAGUGGAGUAAUUGACUGAUGUCUUGUACUGUCAAAUUUGUGCAAUUCUUGAGGUUUUUGUCCGUUUUAUGGCCGUUGCUGUAUUUUUUGAAAAGUUGCUUCUACUGGUGUGUUGGUGAAAAGUGAGACGACGUCAUGUGAUAUUAAUAUUUCGUCCUUACCCACUUUGAUAUUUUUAAGUUAUUUUGCCAGCUCUUUUGAAUUUUUGCAAUGUUGUUCCAUUUGACCUAGUAAUGGUUUCAUGAUUUCUGUGAGAGACUUAAAGAACCGAUGCUGUCCACAAUAUAUCCGUCGAAACAUGUCAAGGUAAAGAAAAUAACAUCUACCAAUAUAUGUGUCUGUGAUAAAAGAAAACUAUAGUGUUAUAAGCAGUUAGUCAUAUUUUCAUUAUUUAAUCAACCUCUUAGUGGUAUUUCAGCAAUAUAUUUCCUUAGGUCUGUGUGCUCUGUUGUCAUUACAAUAUUAUGGUUGUGGGCUUUUUCUCAGUGUGAAUCUUGAGUUGUGUUGAUAGCGAACCGCAGCAAACCAAACCAUGAACCUCACUGACCCCGUCUGUAUGGAUUAUAAUGUUACUGAAGUUCUGUCCAGAGGUUCUUCUGUCGGAGAACCAUCGGAGAACCGAGUCACCUCAGGAAUAUAGACUGUGACUCAAAGGGAUCUUUGUAAUUUACCUCUAUUUAUUAUUGAAUUAUUUAUGAUAUACAUUUAGAGCUGAGGUCAAACCUUUAUUAUUUUAUAUAAAAUAUUUGUAUGUGAGAUGAUACAUUAUGUUCUUGUCACGUUACUUGCAGUGAUUGUAUUGGCUAUAUUUUCAAGGGUUCAAGGGUUUUGAAUGGCUGAAGGCCUCUUUGAUUGUUUCCUCCCUGGUAGAACAUGAUUGUCCAAUCACCACCGGAUGUGUUGAGGGGGUGUGGCCUAUAUGACAUGUAGGGCAUAUUUCUUCAUGCUAAUCUUAAAGAAGGCUUGAGGGCCGAAACAUAUUCCAAAUUAAAAAGAGAUACAUAUGGAGCCUGAGUGGGCAACACUUUCUUUCUACUGCUACAAUGAAGUUCUGAAACAUACACUAUGUUACUGUGUGUGUGUGUGUGUGUGUGUGUGUGUGUGUGUGUGUGUGUGUGUGUGUGUGUGUGUGUGUGUGUGUGUGUGUGUGUGUGUCCUCCACCAUCUGGCUGAAAGAUUACAUCUAGGUGCCACUAGAGGGCAGAAUGACCAACACACGAAGCCAGGAAACCAACACACAUGUCUCAUAGGUGGAGUUAGAGCAUGACCUAUGAGCCAUCAUGGGGGUAGAUGACCUGUGCUCGCUGCUGGAGGACUACAGCCAGAUCUACCAGGACAUCCGCUUCAGGGACAGCAAGCUAGUGGUGGACGGCACUAACCUGGCCUACGACCUGUACUACAGGUCCAACCUGGACCAGAACCACGGCGGGGAGUACCUGGCCUUCCAGGUGGAGGUCCUGGCUCUCUUCAAGGCUCUGUCCGACUGUGGAAUCAAACCGUACGUGGUGAUGGACGGAGGCUCGGGGACCAGUGACAUCAAACUGGACACCCUCAUGGACCGGGCCAGAGGGAAGGUCUGGAGGGCCCAGGGCGCCGCUCUGAAGGGCAGGAGGGCGGACAUCCUCCCCCCCAUUUCCACGAAGGUAUUCGAGCAGACGCUGAACAACAUGAAGGUGCCGCUGGUCAGGUGCUUUGGAGAGGCCGACGGCCAGCUGGCUGCCCUGGCCAGUGACUGGUGCUGCCCGUUGCUGUCCGGAGACACUGACUUCUACAUCUACGACCUUCCUUGGGGGCUUCUGCACCUAGAUCACUUCCAGUGGGACUCAGUUAAAAAGAGUCCGACCAGGAGUUAUAUCCCCUGCAAGCGAUACACCACGUCCAGCUUCUGCACCUUCUUCAACAUCGACCGCCAGCUGCUGCCCGUCUUCGCUUUGCUGGCCGGGAACGACUUCGUCAACAUCAGAGAAAUGAACUGGGACCAAAAUGUUCUUGCGGGAAGACAGAGAGAGAUAGAGUUGUCUCAGACCGCCCGCCUGGAGGGACUCCUGAGGUGGAUGAGAGGCUUCCAGACGAUUGAAGACACCUUGACAGCAGCGAUGGAUCUCAUGCCCAACAUGAGUCAGCAGGUGCAGACGGAGGUGCUGACUGAGGUGCAGAAGUCCAUGCUGGAGUACCGACUCCCCAGCUCCUCUCUGCGGGGGUUCUUCAGCGAGGGAACCAUUCCCUCGCUGCCCGCUGAGAUGUUGAGCUGCGUCCCCGACUGGGUCCGUGCGCCCCUGGCCAGAGGAGAGCUGGGAGCUGACAUCCUGGACCUGUUGGUGCACAAGAGGAAGAUAUUGCCAACCCAGGUGGAGCGCAGCGACCUGCAGAGCUCCAACCUCACCUCGCGGCCCAUCCGGCAGGUGAUGUACGGGCUGCUGCUGGGCCUGGGAGGGGGCAAGGUGGAGGAGGUGGACCGGGUCGGUACGAAGCCUGCGAGUGUCAAGGUGCAACCGCUGGUCCACGGAGCUGCUAAGACUCUGAGGCUGGACUCUCUGACCCAGGCAGACCGCGCUGUGAGGCUGCAGGUGUGUCUGGAGACGCUGGGCGUGGAGGAAGAGACGCUGGAGCGAGUUCCAGCUCACCUGUGCCUCCCAGUGGCUGUGACCCGCUACUGGCUGAGGAGGGCCAGCCCUGAGCCGACGGUCCUCAAAGCUCUGCUGAUGGUCAUGGUCCAAGGAGAACAGAACCGACGGAAACGAUUGACCAUAGGCUGGCAGGGGUAUUCCAACAGCAUCUUUCGGCCUCUGGAUUGUGUCGUGGCUCACAGCUUCAACCAAUGGCAGGCCUGCCUGAAGGACGCCUCCCAGCUCAACCUGCGGCUCUGCAAGCCCCUCCCUGAACCCCACUUCGCCUGGUUGUACCAGGGCAGGCUGGUGCACCAGCGGCAGAAGCAGCUUCUGAACAGGGAGCCAGAGGAGAUACUUCACAGCCCCCAGUUCAGGAGACUGUACAGGAGGCUCCUGGGAGCAGUGACCCAGCCAGACCCCAGGGCCAACAGGAGAGCUGGGGGGCCUGAGGUCCAGCUGAGGGCCAGCAUGGAGCACCUUCACCUCAACACCCAGGAUGAGGAUGAGGAGGAGGAGGAGGAGGAGGAGGGGGAGGAGCUGGGCGGGGCUGAAGACCUGGAUCAGGGCCCUGAUUGGCCUAGGGUGACGGUUGGAACACGCUACAGAACCAAAGACAGGAAGGACCGGUCCAGAAACCCAGAACUGGGGAGGAAGCAGGAGAGGGAGGGGUGGGGGUGAGAGGGGAGGGGGGUGCGGGGACUGAUGAGGGGACUGAUGAGGGCCAGUGUUGCUAUUUAGAUAUAUUGUUGAUACAUUGUUGUUUCUCUUUCUUCUGACAAAUGUACUGAUUGUAAGUCAAUCAGUACAUUUGCCACAGUCCACAGACCGUAAAAAAGCAUCUGCUAAAUCCCCUAAAUGUAAAUGUAAUGCUAACAUACGAGGAGAGUUGAGAACGGUAUGAGACAAUUUGACUAAUAAAUUUAACUUCAUGUAAAACCAAACCAAAUAAGAAAAUGUUUCCACCUUCUGUAUUGAUAUUACUAAAGUUUUGUAAAUACUUU